CUUUCACUUCCCCAGCAGGGGUGCGGGCGCCGCGGGAUCCAGUCACAUGGCGGGGUCAUGCCCGCAGGAAGGUCCGCGCACGCCCCCGGCGUCCAGAGCGUGGUCACCGGGGAACGCGCCGUGGCCUCGGGCGGCCCUGACGUCACGACAGCCUCGCGCCCCCGAGUAUUUACCUUCGAAAAUUGAUGGCGGCUGCAGUCUGGGCCCAGAUCCUGUGCCGCUGAAGACAUGGAGUUUGUGUCUGGAUACCGGGAUGAGUUCCUAGAUUUUGCUGCCCUCCUCUCUGGCUGGUUCCGCAAGUUCGUGGCUGAGCGAGGGCCUCUGGGCGCCAGCCUUGAGGGCCGCUGGCAACAGCUGGAGGCUCAUAUCAGAAGGCUGCCCCAGGAUCCUGCCCUUUGGGUGCUCCAUGUCUUACCCAACCGUAGUGUGGGCAUCAGCCUGGGGCAAGGGCCAGAGACAGGCCCUGGCCCAGGCCUGGGGGCUGCCCUGCUCCUGGGAGAUGAGCCCCCACUGCACUUGCAAGACCUAAGCCCCUAUGUCAGCUUUGUCAGCCUGGAGGAAGGGGAGGAGGAGGAGGAGGAGGAAGAGGAAAAGAAUAAAGAGAGGGGUAGAAGCAUGGAGAAGACGGAAGAGGAGGAUGGGCAGCCAGCCCCUGACAGCAGGGAGUUCUCCCAGGAAGCAAACCCUCCAGAGGAGCCAGAGGAGGCUGAGCAGGACGCAGGACGUGGUGCGAAUGGCUGCCUAGAGGACAGGGCGGAGGACAAAACAGGCCCUGAGAGGAGGAAGGGUCAGAGAAGCGAGGCUGUCCCCUUGCACCUUUCCUGCCUCUUACUGGUGACAGAUGAACACGGCACCAUCUUGGGCAUUGACCUGCUAAUGGAUGGAGCCCAGGGAAGGGCAGGCAGGGAUUCAGGGACAGAGCACCUGGCUCCUCAGGCCUAUGCUCUCCUCUGCCACAGCAUGGCCUGCCCCAUGGGCUCUGGAGACCCCCGGAAACCCCGAAAGCUUACUGUGGGAGACGCCCAGCUGCAUCGAAAGCUGGCGACUCUGGUCCCAAGGCUGGGAGUGAAGUUAGCCAAGACCCCAAUGCGGACAUGGGGCCCCCGGCCAGGCUUUACCUUUGCCUCCCUUCGGGCUCGAAUCUGCCAUGUUUGUCACAGGCACAGCUUUGAAGUGAAGCUGACACCCUGUCCCCAGUGUAGAGCUGUCUUGUACUGCGGAAAGGCUUGUCUCCAGGCUGACUGGCGGCGAUGCCCAGAUGAUGUGAGCCACCAAUUUUGGUGCCCAAGGCUUGCAGCCUUCAUGGAGCGGGCUGGAGAGCUGGCAGCUCUGCCUUUCACCUACACCACAGAGGUGACCAGUGAAACCUUCAACAAGGAGGCCUUCCUGGCCUCACGAGGCCUUACUCGUGGCUACUGGACCCAGCUCAGCAUGCUGAUUCCUGGCCCUGGUGCACCCAGGCACCCCUGGGGCAGCACAACAUCCCUCAGCCUUCUUCUCAAUGGAGAUCCCUACCAGCUUCUCCAUGGGAAUGGGCCACCCCUGAUGCCUCCUGUGCCCCCAGAUCCACCCAGGGGCCUCUUUGGCUCGUGGCAGGAUUACUACACAUGGCGGGGCCUCAGCUUGGACUCCCCCGUGGCUGUGCUUCUCACCUACCCGCUGACUGUGUACUACAUCAUCACCCACCUGGUGCCCCAGUCUUUCCCUGAGCUCAACAUCCAGAACAAGAAGUCACUGAAAAUCCACGUGGUGGAGGCCAGGAAGGAGUUUGACCUUGUAAUGGUGUUCUGGGAGCUCUUGGUCUUGCUCCCCCACAUGGCCCUGGAGCUGCAGUUUGUGGGUGAUGGCCUACCCCCUGAGAGCGACCAGCAGUGUUUUACCCUGCAAAGGGAUGGCCCUGAAGUAUCUCUCCGUCCUUGUUGUGAAGUAUCAGCACGCCUCAGCUCCGGGAAUAAGGAGAAGGGGGGCCGCAGGGACCUGCAGAUCAAAGUGUCAGUUCGGUCCUACCACCUGCUCCAGGGGCCCAAGCCUGACCUAGUUGUUGGUAAGAGCCUGGGUAGGAAUGUGAGGAAAGUGGAAGGCGGCCAUGGGAACCAGCUUCUCCCUGCUCUCCCUCCAUUCGUAGGGUUUAACCCUGGCUUUGGUCUCAAGGACACUUGGCUGAGCUCGCUGCCUCGGUUACAGGUGCGAAAGGGAACUUCUCUCACCUCCUGCCCAGUCCUUCCUUUUCCAAAAGUCUCUGCCCCAUCAAAUGCCCCCAUGAGGAGGCAUGUGCACGGGUCCUCUUGCUCCUCUCUGUCUACCUCCCCCAUCCAGGUCGGUCUGGAUCCUCAGUUUCCAACCCAGCCUGUGACCCCUUUUGUUCGGGAGGUAACCUGGUGGGAGCCUCUCCGAGUGUCUAAGGGGCCCGCCCCACCCCAGUCCCUCCGAGUGCCGGCCUUUUUCACGGAGAGCAGCGAGUACAGUUGUGUGAUGGACGACCAGACCAUGACGGUGGCCACAGGAGGGGGCACCAGCCCUCCACAGCCCAACCCCUUCCGCUCCCCCUUCCGCCUCAGAGCGGCCGACAACUGCAUGCCCUGGUACUGCAACGCCUUCAUCUUCCACCUGGUCUACAAGCCGCCGCCAGCGAGCGCGGCCCGCCCGGCGCCCGGGCCUGCGCCCCGAGCCCCAACUCCCCCAGCUCCUCUCGCCCGCACCUGGAGGCGCCGAGGAGAAAAGAAACUUGGGCGGGCGGCCCGCCGGCGGAAGUGAGGGCUGAAAGGUAGCAGUCCCCUCUGACCCCCAACACUCCUCCGAAAGGAGAACAAUACGCACAUUGCCGAGGGGUAGGCCGAUUAGUGGAACACGAAAAGCUAAAUAAAAUUGAAACCACUGAGUCGUA